GGCGCGGAGUGGCAGCGCGGCGACCCAAUGAGACGCGGCCGGGAAGGGGCAGGCCGCGCCGCGCGAAGCGGUGGAGGGGGGCGGUCGUGGAAAGAUGGCAGUGGCCGGCAAAGGAGUCGUGGCUACGGCGGUGAAGCCGAUCUUCAGCCGGGACUUGGGCGAGGCGAAGCGACGCGUGAGGGAGCUGUACCGAGCCUGGUACCGCGAGGUGCCCAACACCGUACACAUAUACCAGCUGGACAUCACAGUGAAACAGGGGCGUAAUAAGGUGCGGGAGAUGUUCAUGAAGAAUGCCCAUGUUACAGACCCUCGGGUGAUUGACUUGCUGGUUAUUAAGGGAAAAAUGGAACUUCAAGAAACUAUUAAUGUAUGGAAGCAGAGGACUCACAUCAUGAGGUAUUUCCAUGAGACAGAAACUCCACGACCUAAAGACUUUCUGUCCAAAUUCUAUGCAGGCCAUGAUCCUUGAGAUGGACUGGGUGUGUCUUGCUGCCUUGUAUUACAAAUAAAGAGCUAUAUAGUAGAAAGAAAAUCUGUUCAGAAAGAGUGUAUACCACUGUGUAUAUAAGAGCCUAAUGACUAAAUUUGAAUCCAGUG